AUGGACGCGGAACCUAAAGAAAGCACCGACUUGUUAGGUGCAAAUAAGGCAAAUGUUAUAAAAUUUGAACCAGACCCAAGUUCCUCACAUGAUGAAGAUUUACAAGGACCUCCUGAUGGUGGUUUCAGAGCAUAUUCAAUAUUGGUAGGAUCAUUCUUAACAAAUGGUCUUUUAUUUGGGGUUAUAAAUUCAUAUAGUGUAAUUUACACAAUACUUCAGAAGCAAUUACAAGAUGAAAAUGUGCCAAAUUCGGAAAGUAGAGCAUCUUUGGUGGGAGCACUGACGAUGGGCACGACUUUCUUCCUGUCGCCGUUGUCCGGUGUAUUGACCGGAUUUCUAGGAUUGCGCUUGACUGCAGUUCUUGGUGGGAGUAUUGCAACAACCAGCUUGCUUCUGUCAUCCUUCGUUGUGGACCACGUAGAUGCUCUGUGUUUCACUUACGGAGUUAUGUACGGCUUAGGCGCAUCGCUCGCUUAUACUCCAUCACUGGCUAUUCUCGGCCAUUACUUUAAAAAGUACCUAGGCCUCGUCAACGGAAUAGUCACAAUAGGCAGUUCAGUGUUUACAGUAAUCAUGCCCCCUUUAAUGGAGUUUAUGAUAACGAAUUAUGGAUUGCAUUGGAUGUUUAGACUUCUAGCUGUUUUCACCGUAGGUAUAGCGCUUUGCGGGUUGUUAUUCAAACCCACUCCUCUAAUGAUAAUACAGAAACCAUUGCGCAAAGAUAAUAGUUUUAAGUCGCUUUUAAAAACCAUCAUUGACGUACAAAUAUGGAAAAAUAAAAAAUACAGACUGUGGGCCCUUUCGAUGCCAGUAGCUUUGUUCGGCUAUUUUGUGCCCUAUGUUCAUAUAAAGAAAUUUAUAGUAGAGAAUUUUUCUAAUGUCAAUGACAACCUCCCAUUGCAGUGUAUAGCAGUGACUUCUGGUAUAGGAAGAUUGACGUUCGGCUAUUUGGCUGAUAAACCUGGCAUUGACAGUAUCUUGUUACAGCAGAUCUCUUUUUAUGUGAUUGGGACACUCACCAUUAUUUUACCAUUCGUAAGGUCUUUUAGUCUCCUAGUUGCUAUGUCACUAGGUAUGGGGAUAUUUGACGGUGCGUUCAUUGCACUUAUUGGACCAAUAGCCUUUGAACUAUGUGGAGGCACCCAUGCAGCACAAGCAAUAGGUUGUAUGCUAGGAUUGGCUGCACCUCCUCUAUCUCUUGGUCCGCCUAUUGCUGGCUACUUCUAUAGUAUCUAUAAGUCCUACACGCUGCCAUUUGUUCUCGCUGGCAUUUCCCCACUCGUUGGAGCUACCGUUAUGUUUACCAUACAUUUCCAUCGCAGGAGUUCCAAGCAAACUGAGGUUAAUAAAAAUGGUCAUACAUACUUAUCACCUAUGGAUUCUGAAAAGAGCGCUGUAUCUUUCUCGAGGUCUAAUGGAAACGUCAAUGAACAAUCUGCCUUAUAA